UGUGCGUGGACGGGCUGCUCGGCGAUGUCAUCGGACUCUCGCGAGAAACUGACAAGUAUACACGAGUAAUAAUAUCGACGUGUGUUACGUUAGCACGUUAAUGGGUUAUUUGACGAAUAUUACAUAUAAGAAUUGACGAAAUUCUUUUGUAUAAAAUGAAGGCUUUUAUUUGUUAACACAUUUUUAUCGCUCGAACAAAGUUCUAAAAAAAUUUUUUGACGUUUUACGAAAACUUCAGGUGUUGUGGAGAUAAAAAGCAUUCGAAGAAUCUGAUAUUUUUCGAAUAAUGGUACAUAGGUGAUGAGCGUCAUAUGUUUAUCUUCAUCAGAAAUAUUUUCUGCAAAUCCUGAAAACGGCAGGUGUCCCGAUUCUGCAAGCCGAGAAGUUCAUACUGCAAACGAAGCACCACCUAUCGCUACAAAAAUAUCCACCGACGAGCUGGCACUAUUAGCAAAACUGGAAGAGGCCAAUAGACGAAAUGAAUUAGACGCGAAAUCAUUAAAUUCGUUGCAAAGUAACCACAGCAGAAAGGGAUCAGACACAUCGCAAGUUUCUUUGGCGUCGGGUGAUAGCAACAGCUACGGGGAUGUUGCUGGACCCCGACGCCAAGUUUCGACUGACGACGAGGAAGUGAGAUGGAAAUUAUGGGGCGAAGUGGUGGUGGAUUGGGAGAAUUAUUGGAAAAAGAGAAAAGACUUUGUAAAGGAAUUGGUUAGACAAGGAAUUCCUCAUCAUUUCAGGGGUAUUGUAUGGCAGCUUUUGUGCGGAGCUCAUCAGUCACCGGUGAAAAAACAAUUUGCUGAAUAUAUCAAGGCCACUUCAGCCUGUGAAAGAAUCAUAAGACGUGACAUAGCUCGCACUUAUCCUGAACAUGACUUUUUUAAAGAAAAAGAUGGACUGGGGCAAGAAAGCCUUUUCAAUGUUAUGAAAGCCUACAGCCUCUAUGAUCGUGAAGUUGGGUACUGCCAAGGGUCUGGUUUCAUCGUUGGAUUGCUUCUUAUGCAGCAAAUGCCAGAAGAGGAAGCGUUCGCGGUUUUAGUAGCUCUGAUGCAGGAUUAUCGCCUGCGUGACAUGUUCAAGCCUAGCAUGGCCGAACUCGGAGUAUGCAUGUAUCAGCUGGAACAUUUGGUAGCGGACACUCACAACGAGCUUCACGGACACUUCAACGCUCAAAGUUUUCACACAUCGAUGUACGCUUCCUCGUGGUUUUUAACUCUGUUCACCACAGCGCUCAGUCUUCCAACCGCUUGUCGAAUUUUCGACGUUUUUUUGUCCGAGGGCAUGGAAAUUAUUUUCAAAGUCGCUCUUGCUAUGCUUGAAUUGGGCAAGGAAGAUUUGCUCAGCUUGGACAUGGAGGGAAUGCUCAAAUUCUUCCAAAAAGAUUUGCCUGGACGAGCGGAGGCGGAUCCGGAGCGUUUAAUGAAUCUCGCGUACGGCAUGAAGAUAAACCCGAAGCGUAUGAAAAAAUUGGAGAAAGAUUAUACGGUAUUAAAAAUGAAAGAACAGGAGGAAAUGGUGGAGUUGCGGCGCUUGCGAGCCGAGAAUCGCUUGUUGAGGCAACGGACGGAAUUGUUGGAAGCGGAAUCGGCCGAAUUGGCGGACAGAUUAGUGAGAGGACAAGUGUCCCGAGCGGAAGAGGAAGAAACGGCGUUUGUGGUUCAGCGUGAAUUGACGGCGCUGCGUCACACCCAUCUGGAAACGAGUCAUCAGUUGGAACAAGCGCACGAAGAUCUGAGAUCACUCUCUAUUUUAUUGGAGGAAAAUGUAUCAUCGAAACAGUCGUCGAUCGAUGAAAUUUCUCUUAAACAAGAAGCUCUCACCCAAAAAGAAGAUAUGAUUCAAUGCCUGCAAGAAGAAUUGGUUCGUGUGCGCUUGCACGAAGCUGAAAACGACGCUACGAUCCGGGAUUUGCGAGCAAGAAUUCAGGAACUCGAACAGGACAAAAAAACGCUGAGGGAAUACAAACCAGAUAACUCAGUCGCUCAUUUACAGGAAGAAUUAAUCGCUGUCAAACUCAGAGAAGCCGAAGCCAAUUUAUCCUUGAAGGAUCUGAGGCAACGAGUUACUGAAUUAAGCACAGCCUGGCAGCGUCAUUUGCAAGAGCAUCGUUCGAACCAGCCAGCUCAGGCGGCGGAUUCGACUCCAAAAAAAUUGCUUUUUUGGGAGAAUCGAGGCCACGAGAAUCAAAAAUUGGAAGAAGAUUUAAUGUCGACGAGGAUGCGAGAAAUGGUGGCUCAAAGCGAGGUCAAAGAACUCAGACUCAAAGUCAUGGAACUCGAAACUCAAGUACAAGUGACGACCAAUCAAUUACGACGACAGGACGAAGGCGAGAAAGCUCUUCGAGAAGAACUCGAACUUGCAACUUCUCGCGAAAAAGACAUGUCGAGCAAACUUCGUGAACAACAACACAAGUAUUCCGAUCUCGAGUCUAAAAUGAAGGACGAAAUGAUGAUGGCUCGAAUUAGGGACGCUGAACAUGCUCAACAAGUCGCCGAAUUGACUCAGAAAAUAUCUCUUCUCGAACUCAAGAACGAGGAAAUGCACGCUGAGGGUGAAUUGAGAAGUAAUUUGGAUGACAGUGAACGAGUCCGCGAACUGCAGGAUAAGGUCGCGGAAUUAAAAGCUGAGGUCAUGAGAUUGGAAAGCAGGAAUAGCAGAGGUUCGGGUGGACAUAGUCAAGCAGUGAGAAGCAUCAGUAUAGACAACGAAAGUGAGCUGGACGAGAAAGAUUUGACGCUCUGUAUUCAGGACCAUAUGAAGAAUACGAGUUUAGCGAGUUCUCGUAAUGAAUAAUUGGAAGAGAGCAAGACAAAAAAACGAUUAAACGAAGUAAUAAUUUUUAAGAAAAUCGACUCGUGCUCGCAGCACGUUGAUUCAUUUGUAUUAUACAAUUUGUGUGUACGAGACGAAAAUUCGAGAAGAAAUAACUAAAAAACGACAAACACUCACGAGAAUAAAAGAAGAAAGAAAAAAAAGAAAAAACGCAGAUGCAGAAACGAAAAGAAAGAAAAACAUCAACCAAUACUCUAAUAUAAUGCACUUACACACUAAAAUGCAAAAAUUGUAGACUGUAAUCCAAACUCAUAUCUUUUAUUCGUAAACCACGUAUGUAUACUAUAUGUGUAUAUUAUAUAUACAAAGUGUCAUUCGAAUACGUGCAACUUUAGUCCGAAGAAAUCGUCGAUUUCGAGGCCAAACGUUAGUGUCAAAGCAUCAUGAAAUCUGUUAUCAAAAUUUCUCUCGGACUCUAUAGUUUUUAGACGGAAAUGAUUUAUUUAUCAAUUCUCUGGCCGGUCGUUGAUUUUGCAAUACUAAAAUAUUUUGAAAAAAGUAAAAAUAUAUUGGAACAUAAUCAAGAUUGAUGGAUGAAAAAUUCUUGGGAAGAAUUAUUCAAAUCAAAUUUUCAAUUUCUUGGCAACUAUAUCAGAAAUGACUUAGUUUAUUAAUCAAAUUAAUUUUAAUGAAAAACGAAAGAAUAAAUUUAAUCGAUUGAAAUAUGUUCAAUGGUUAAAUUCCAAACGAUUUUUUGGCACAAAUAAAAAGUACUUCACGUGUUAAUUACAGGGUUCACUGUUUUUCACAGUGGUAUUUCACACUGUCGACGAUUAUAAUAAAUUUUAAAAUCUUUGUAACAAUCAAGUUCAUUCGCAUAUUGUGUCAUUGGUCACCGGAGAUUUAUUGCUCAUUGUUUGUUCAUUUUUGUUUUUGUGCUUUUUUUUUUCAAUUCGACAGAUGUACUUAGAUCAUAAAUCGAUUCUCGAAUCAGUGUCAUUGUCCACACUUUCAUUAACUCCAGAGUGUGUCUAAUUUAUUUGUAGGAUGUGCUUUUAUUGUCCGAUUGAUACUUAGACGGUGACGGGACCUGAUUUAACUGAAACUUACAAUGAUUAUUAAAAAAAAAGAAAAAAAAACAGAAGAUUUAAAA